GUUGACAAAAUAAUUAAGUGAAAUUAAUUUGGGAUCUGGGUUUAAGAGAUUUUUCCCCAACCGCGAAACCCCAAUUUCCGAUCACAAAUUCUCCGCGCCAGAGAGAGAGAUGAAACCAAUACCAUUACCGCCGGGCGAAGAAGUAGCGCCGAAGCUCACUCGACUCCUCUACUUCGUCGGCGCCGGAGUUGUUUGCACUGCCGUGAUUAACAAGUGGAAAGAAUACGAGAAGAAAUCGAUGAUUCAGAAGGAGCAGCAAAUGAGUGAAUCGUCUCCGGAAAAUUCGCCGGCUGUGGUACAGAAGGCUGGUGAAUGAGAUUGAUUCAGUUUUGUUUCGUUUUUUAAUAAGCUGAAAUUUAUUAGAUUUGAUUCUGUGGCGAUUUAGUAGCUGAGAAAUUGUGCACUUGGAUUGAUGAAACUAUAUGUGAGGAUUUUGCUGCUGUUUCUGUGCGUAUUGCGUAAUUAUAUCGAUUCUAAUGA